CCAGACCCUGAAAGUCUCCCCCAGGUCUCCAGAACGCCCCGAAUCCCCUGCAGGGUGCGGCCCCACCAUGUUCGGCUCCUCCCGGGGCGGGGUCCGGGGGGGCCAGGACCAGUUCAGCUGGGAGGAUGUCAAGACAGACAAACAGCGUGAGAAUUACCUGGGGAACUCCCUGAUGGCGCCGGUGGGGCGGUGGCAGAAGGGCAAGGACCUGACCUGGUAUGCCAAGGGCAAGAAGGACACGGGGCCCCCGUUAUCCCGGGAGGAGGAGCUGGCUGCAGUCCGCCUGGCCGAGCAGGAGGCCAUGAUGGCAGCACUGGGCUACAAGAGCUUGAAGAGGCAGCCCACAGGCCUCAGCAAAGAGGACCUGGCUGAGGUGUGCAAGAGGGACGGCAGCGAGCGGGACGAGAAGGACGUGGAUCGGGUGGUGGGGUUGGGCAGCUCCAGUGGCAGUGCUGGCAGGGUGAUGCUGUCCAAGGAGGACAGAGAGGCAGCCAAGAUGGGGCUCUCGGUCUUCACGCACCAGAGAGUCUCCAGCAGCCCAGACACAUCUGUCUCCAAGAAGAAGCAGGAAAAGGAGGAGAAGGUGGAGGAGAAACGACCUGAGAGCAGCAAAAAAUCCAAAAAGGAGAAGAAGAAGGACAAAAAGAACAAGAAAAAGAAGAAACACAAGAAGGAAAAGAAGAAGGACAAGGAGAAGCAUUCCAAGAAGGAUGCUGCACCAUCAUCCUCUGAUUCUUCCCCAGAUCGGGAUAAGAG